UGGUUUGACCUAUGCACCUGAUCUUUAAUUAUGCGCUUUAUAUAGAAUAAUAAAAAUGGCAAGUAGAGCUUUGCUGAGAAGAGCUUUCUCCCGUCAAUUCAGGAGCUUUUCACUGGGUGUGAGGGAUGCUAGUACUCUGGUGGUAGUAGAACACAAUGGAGACACUGUGAUGCCCAUCACCUAUAAUACUCUGAGUGCGGCCAAAGAGAUUGGAGGAGAUGUCACAGCGUUACUGGUGGGAGAGGACUGUUCAAAGGUGGCGAGUGAGUUGACGAAAGCUGAGGGAGUGUCAAAAGUGUUGGUGGCUCAGAGCAGUGGGUUCAAGGGAUUCCUGCCUGAGGCUGUAACACCACUACUACUCGAGACACAGAAACAGUUCAACUUCACUCACAUCAUAGCUGGAGCCAGCGCCUUUGGAAAGAGCUUACUACCCAGGGUUGCAGCUCAACUGAAUGUGGCCCCCAUCUCAGAUAUCAUAGGAAUUAAGACGGAGGACACCUUUGUGAGGACCAUCUAUGCUGGCAAUGCUAUUCAAACCAUCUCCUCCAAAGACACUGUCAAGGUGGUCACUGUGAGGGGGACUGCUUUCCCAGCCGCCGCUGCUACAGGAGGCAGUGCUAUUACAGAGGAAGUGAAGUUUGAUGCUCCCAAUGAGCUCUCAGAGUGGAUAGGACAGGAGUUGAGCAAGAAUGAUCGACCAGAGCUAACAGCUGCUGGAACAGUCAUCUCAGGAGGAAGAGGAAUGAAAAAUGGGGAAAACUUUAAACUUCUCUACGAUCUUGCUGAUAAACUAGGAGCCGGAGUGGGUGCAUCUCGUGCUGCUGUGGAUGCUGGCUUUGUACCUAACGAUAUGCAAGUCGGACAGACUGGAAAGAUUGUGGCUCCUGACCUGUACAUAGCCGUGGGCAUAUCUGGGGCCAUACAACAUUUGGCUGGUAUGAAGGACAGCAAGGUGAUAGUGGCCAUUAACAAAGAUCCUGAUGCUCCCAUCUUUCAAGUGGCUGACUUUGGUCUAGUAGAAGAUCUCUUCAAGGCUGUACCAGAGCUGACCGAAAAACUAUAGAGACAAUCUAUAUUUUAUUGUAUAGUAAUCGUAUUGUACCAUUGUUGCAUCAUUAUGUCACUAUUUUUGGCAUUGAGAAAAUAUUUAUAAACUGUUGAGAAAACCAG